AUGCAGCACCCCGAAUACCUCGGCGGUAAUCGUAUUCGUCUUAAUGUUCAUGAAGUAACGAAUACUUCCCAGUCUGAGCAGGAUUUUCUCGGUGAUAUUGGCGCUAAGUCUGCGACUACUGAUUCUCAUGCUGAUUUUGUUCGUUCCUUUACUGAACACGUUGAUAAAUUUAGUUUCUAUAAUCCGCUUUUCUCCGAGAUUGGCGAACAGCCCGUUUAUGAUUCUGAGAUCUAUGCUACUACUUCCAGCAUUGAGGAUCAUUCUGUUUUUGGAUAUCAGGAAGGUUGGGCUUCUUACCGUUAUGCACCGAAUGUUGUUUCUGGUUUAAUGCGUCCGACUUCUGAGGGUGCUUUCUCUACUUGGACAUUUGCCGAUGCUUAUAGUACUAAGCCCACGCUUUCCGCUGGUUGGGCUCGAGAGGAUCCUAAUAUUCCCAAUCGUGUGCUUGCUGUCACUUCUGAUCUUUCUGAUCAGAUUUUUGCUGAUUUCUAUUUCGAAGCAAAAUGGUCUAGAGUCAUGCCGAUGUUCUCUGUUCCUGGUGCUAUUGGUGCAUUUUAA